AAUCUUAUCAAUUGUAACACAAGUAAAAUAAUGCUAUUGGGCAUUUUUAAAAAUUGCAUUUUUAGGCCUUGUAUUGCUUGAAGCAUCUAUAUUCUAAAACUUAACCAAAUUCCAACUAUUCAUUUUGGGGAAAAACAAUCAGUUCACAAAUCACAUUUUCAAUGGGACUGCUAGCCAGCAUAGGUGAAAACAUGUAUAGUGUAUUUACUCUUGAAUUGUACACUGCAGAUGCUUCUUCAGCUCCCUCUUCUUCCUCCAUGGGCGGUGCUUGCAGCUCCUUUACCACCUCUUCCAGCCCUACCAUUUAUUCUACCUCAGUCACGGACAGCAAGGCUAUGCAAGUGGAGAGCUGCUCCUCAGCCGUGGGGGUAAGUAACAGAGGGGUAAGUGAAAAGCAGUUAACCAGUAACACAGUUCAGCAGCAUCCAUCAACACCGAAGAGGCACACAGUCUUGUACAUCUCACCACCACCUGAGGACUUGCUGGAUAACAGUCGGAUGUCCUGCCAGGAUGAGGGGUGUGGAUUGGAAUCUGAGCAGAGCUGCAGUAUGUGGAUGGAGGAUUCCCCCUCCAACUUCAGUAACAUGAGCACCAAUUCCUACAAUGAUAACACUGAGGUACCUCGUAAAUCACGAAAACGAAAUCCAAAGCAGAGGCCGGGGGUCAAACGACGAGAUUGUGAAGAAUCUAAUAUGGAUAUAUUUGAUGCCGACAGUGCCAAAGCACCUCACUAUGUGCUUUCUCAGCUUACAACGGACAACAAAAGCAACUCAAAAGCAGGAAAUGGAACAUUGGAAAACCAAAAAGGAACUGGAGUAAAGAAGAGCCCUAUGUUGUGUGGACAGUAUCCUGUCAAAAGUGAAGGAAAGGAGUUGAAGAUAGUUGUACAACCUGAGACCCAGCACAGAGCCCGGUACCUGACUGAGGGCAGCCGUGGCUCAGUAAAAGAUAGAACACAACAAGGCUUUCCUACAGUAAAGCUGGAAGGCCAUAACGAACCAGUAGUGUUGCAGGUAUUUGUGGGCAAUGACUCUGGUCGAGUGAAACCACAUGGAUUUUAUCAGGCCUGCAGGGUAACUGGACGAAAUACAACUCCCUGCAAAGAAGUGGACAUUGAAGGCACUACUGUUAUAGAAGUUGGCCUUGAUCCUAGCAACAACAUGACACUGGCAGUGGACUGCGUAGGGAUAUUGAAAUUGAGGAACGCUGAUGUUGAAGCCAGAAUAGGAAUUGCUGGUUCCAAGAAAAAAAGUACUCGUGCCAGACUGGUGUUUCGAGUUAAUAUCACAAGGAAAGAUGGCUCUACUUUGACACUGCAAACACCCUCUUCUCCAAUUUUGUGUACUCAGCCUGCGGGAGUGCCAGAAAUCUUAAAGAAAAGCUUGCACAGCUGUUCAGUGAAAGGAGAGGAAGAAGUGUUUUUAAUUGGCAAGAACUUUCUGAAAGGAACUAAAGUUAUUUUCCAAGAAAAUAUUUCUGAUGAAAACUCUUGGAAGUCAGAAGCUGAAAUCGACAUGGAAUUAUUUCACCAGAAUCAUCUUAUUGUGAAGGUUCCCCCAUAUCAUGACCAACAUAUAACUUUGCCCGUAUCAGUGGGAAUAUAUGUAGUGACCAAUGCUGGAAGAUCUCAUGAUGUUCAGCCAUUCACUUACACUCCAGACCCAGCAGCAGCUGGUACAUUGAAUGUGAAUGUGAAGAAAGAAAUAUCUAGUCCAGCAAGACCUUGCUCUUUUGAAGAGGCCAUGAAAGCAAUGAAAACCACUGGAUGUAACUUAGAUAAGGUAAAUAUUCUUCCUAAUGCCCUGAUCACUCCACUCAUAUCAAGCAGUAUGAUUAAGAGUGAAGAUGUUACUCCAAUGGAAGUAACAGCAGAAAAAAGAUCUUCCCCUAUUUUUAAGACUGCAAAGACAAUUGGAUCAACUCAGCAGACAUUAGAAAAUAUCUCUAACAUAGCAGGAAAUGGGUCUUUUUCAUCACCAUCAUCUUCCCACUUAUCUUCUGAAAAUGAAAAGCAACAACAGGUUCAGGCCAAGGCAUACAACCCAGAGACCUUGACAACUAUCCAAACACAGGACAUCUCACAACCUGGUACCUUUCCAGCAGUUUCUGCUUCUAGUCAGCUGCCCAACAACGAUGCACUACUGCAACAGGCUACACAGUUUCAAACAAGAGAAGCUCAGUCUAGAGAGGUAUUACAGUCAGAUGGUACAGUGGUUAAUUUGUCACAACUGACUGAGGCAUCACAACAGCAGCAGCAGCAGUCACCACUACAAGAACAAGCACAGACUUUACAGCAGCAGAUUGCAUCAAAUAUUUUUCCAUCACCAAAUAGUGUGAGUCAGCUACAGAAUACCAUUCAGCAGUUGCAAGCGGGAAGUUUUACAAGCAGUACUGCUAGUGGCAGCAGUGGAAGUGUUGACUUGGUUCAGCAAGUUCUAGAGGCACAACAACAGUUAUCCUCAGUUUUAUUUUCUGCUCCAGAUGGUAAUGAGAAUGUUCAAGAACAGCUUAGUGCAGACAUUUUUCAACAAGUUAGUCAAAUUCAAAAUAGUGUAAACCCUGGAAUGUUUUCCUCAACAGAGCCAACAGUCCAUACCAGACCAGAUAAUUUAAUAUCUGGCAGAGCUGAAAGUGUUCACCCACAGACUGAAAACACAUUAUCUAAUCAACAACAGCAACAGCAGCAACAGCAAGUGAUGGAAUCAUCAGCUGCAAUGGUGAUGGAGAUGCAACAGAGUAUCUGCCAGGCAGCUGCCCAAAUUCAGUCAGAGUUAUUUCCUUCAACUGCUUCAGCAAAUGGAAACCUUCAGCAAUCACCAGUGUACCAGCAGACUUCUCACAUGAUGAGUGCAUUAUCCACCAAUGAGGACAUGCAAAUGCAAUGUGAAUUGUUUUCUUCUCCUCCUGCAGUUUCUGGAAAUGAAACUUCUACAACCACCACACAGCAGGUUGCAACCCCUGGUACUACCAUGUUUCAGGCAUCAAGUUCAGGAGAUGGAGAAGAAACUGGAGCACAAGCAAAACAGAUUCAAAACAGUGUCUUUCAGACCAUGGUCCAAAUGCAACAUAGUGGAGACAGUCAACCUCAAGUUAACCUUUUUUCUUCUACAAAAAGUAUGAUGAGUGUUCAGAAUAGUGGUACCCAGCAACAAGGUAAUGGUUUAUUCCAGCAAGGUAAUGAGAUGAUGUCACUUCAAUCUGGGAAUUUUUUGCAGCAGUCUUCUCAUUCACAGGCUCAGCUUUUUCAUCCUCAAAAUCCUAUUGCUGAUGCUCAGAACCUCUCCCAGGAAACUCAAGGUUCUAUUUUUCAUAGUCCAAAUCCUAUUGUCCACAGUCAGACUUCUACAACCUCCUCUGAACAAAUGCAGCCUCCAAUGUUUCACUCCCAGAGUACCAUUGCUGUGUUACAGGGCCCUUCAGUUCCUCAAGACCAGCAGUCAACCAACAUAUUUCUUUCCCAGAGUCCUAUGAAUAAUCUUCAAACUAACACAGUAGCCCAAGAAGAACAGAUUUCAUUUUUUGCAGCACAGAACUCAAUUUCUCCACUUCAGUCAACAGCAAACCCUGAACAGCAAGCCGCUUUCCAGCAGCAAGCUCCAAUGUCACACAUCCAGACCCCUAUGCUUUCACAAGAACAGGCGCAACCCUCCCAGCAAGGUUUAUUUCAGCCCCAGGUGUCCCUGGGCUCCCUUCCACCAAAUUCAAUGCCUCAGAACCAACAAGGAACAAUUUUCCAGUCACAGCACUCAAUAGUGGCCAUGCAGAGUAAUUCUCCAUCCCAGGAGCAACAGCAGCAGCAGCAGCAGCAACAGCAGCAGCAACAACAGCAAAGCAUCUUAUUCAGUAAUCAGAAUACUAUGGCUACAAUGGCAUCUCAAAAGCAACCACCACCAAACAUGAUAUUCAACCCAAAUCAAAAUCCAAUGGCUAAUCAGGAACAACAGAACCAGGCAAUUUUUCACCAACAAAGUAAUAUGGCCCCCAUGAAUCAGGAGCAGCAGCCCAUGCAAUUUCAGAAUCAGUCCACAGUUUCCUCACUUCAGAACGCAGGUCCUACUCAGUCUGAAUCAUCACAGACCUCUUUGUUCCAUAGCUCUCCUCAAAUUCAGUUGGUACAAGGGUCACCUAAUUCUCAAGACCAGCAAGUCACACUCUUUCUCUCUCCAGCAUCCAUGUCUGCUUUGCAGACCAGUAUAAAUCAACAAGACAUGCAACAGUCUCCUCUUUAUUCCCCUCAGAAUAAUAUGCCUGGAAUCCAAGGAGCUACACCUUCACCCCAACCACAGGCUACUUUAUUUCACAAUACUCCAGGAGGCACAAUGAACCAACUACAGAAUUCUCCUAGCUCAUCUCAGCAGACUUCAGGAAUGUUCUUAUUUGGCAUUCAAAAUAACUGUAGUCAGCUUUUAACCUCUGGACCAGCUACGUUGCCAGAUCAGUUGAUGGCCAUAAGUCAGCCAGGCCAGCCACAAAAUGAGGGCCAGUCGCCUGUAACAACACUUCUUUCUCAACAAAUGCCAGAGAAUUCUACACUGGCAUCCUCUAUAAAUACCAACCAGAAUAUCGAAAAGAUUGAUUUGCUUGUUUCAUUGCAAAACCAAGGGAACAAUUUAACUGGCUCCUUUUAACUGGAUAUAAAUUCCAGGAAGAAAAUCCUGAUUCCAAGAUGUCCCGAGAUGUUGAGGUUCCAUGAGGAUUGAACUGUUACUUUAAAACAAAACAAAAUAUGAAAAACUGUAUUUGAGUAAAUGAAUAGAUUUUCCUCUGACUGCAAAAGAGCACACUUAUGUAGCCUGUUGCCGUGAUUAGACACCAAUGUUAACAUUUUCGUAUUUUAUAUUCCUAAUAACAGUGAUGACUGAGAACCUAUUUGAUUUUCCAGCUGACAGAAUUAAUUGUUGCUAUUUUCUGAGGCACAAUUUCUUUAGAAGUAUAGUUUAAAUUCAAGGCUGGACCACUCAGUUAUUAUUGCUAUUAGAAAAUAAUACUUGUCAUGUUUACUUAUGUUCUUCAUUAUUUUCUUUCCUGCAUUGUUUUAGUCAAGUAAUGGCUUUAGAAAAAGUAAAGUUCAAUAAUAACUAAGGCUGUGAUUUUUCUCAAUAUAAAAAGCACAGCUGCUGGCCAAAGUGAAGGAAUCUUUUUUCAGUUUUAAUGGAGAAACUGAAGGGGUAACAUUCUGACAAAUAAGCUGUAUUAAGAACUCUACACAAAUAAGAGACUCUUGAUUUAACACAAAGGCAGAUGACAUACUUACAAAACUGGGGACAGCUGGAAUGCUAUUGAUUUUAUUUUUCAGACGGUUGUUAGUUCUCUCUUUUUACUAAGGGGUUUAGCCAUAACUGUGCAUAGAAAAAUAAUUAUCUUGCUCUAUAAAAAUUGAAGGGGAUAAUAUAUGUUAAAUUCUUUUCUUAUAUCCUCCUACAGUUAGUUUAAAGUGACAGAGUAAUUGGAAUCUGUUUUCUUUUUAUCCCAGACUUAGGCUGUUAUUCUCUUUUUGUAUGUGUCUAUAUUAUGUUUUUCACUUUAUUUUAGACAACUACUAAUAAACUACUGGCUUUGUGACCCUGUAGCAACUUAAAGGAAAAGUCCACUUUAAUCUACGGUGACCUAGCAAUCCUGCAGCACAAGGCAGGGAGUACUCUGUUAGGAAUUAUUAAAAGUUGAUUCCUGAGAAACAAUGCAUUUUUUUCCAUGAACGGUGCUGUUCUGAAGUCUACAAAUUUUUCCCUCUGAUAGUAAACAGUAUAAAUUUUAAUUUUAAAAAAAGGCAAAGUAAAAUUUUUUGAAACAUCACUUCUUCCUGAGCUGCAGUGAGUGUAAUUCACUUGUCACCUCAGUGCUUUACAGUUUGAAGUAGUCACUCACCUGAUGGUUCCCACAAGCCUUAGGCUUUACAGGGUCAUAUCAUUGACUUAAAAUGAAGAAUUAACUUGUGUUACAUCUAUAAAGAGCAAAAUAACACUCCAGAACUUGCAGUUGUAGCAUUAGUUCUACAGUUUUGGGUGUUCUUGCCACCCAUGGGAUGCCUGCUUCUCACUACCACCUGUGUCUGGACACAUGCUUAUGUCUCAUUUUCCUUUUGGCAUGUGGAAAGCUGUCAAUGCAGUGUAAGGCCAACGUGUGUGGCUUCUGUGUGUUGGUAUAAUGUUUUGGUAUCCUUGUCUGUUUAAUUUAUAAGUGUACAAAAAAUAGCCUGUUAAUUGUUGUUGAAAACUACUUUUCUGUUUGAUUUUUUUUUUUUUUUCUCUCUCCUAUACAUUUAGUUUUAACUGUGUGGAAUUGUGGUGUUGGUUUUGUUUAUAUAGCCAGAUUUUCCCCCUUUUUGUGAUGGUCUUCCUUUGUUAUUUGAAUGUGCUCUUCUUUGUUUUUCUCUCUUUAUUCUUAUAUAUUCUUCUCACCACCCCUAACCCUUACUUUUUUUCUCUCUCUGAUUGAGAGGCAUUGAAUUACGUUUUCAGUAGUACAGGCUUUUUGCCGAUAUGAAGGGAACUUUUCAGAAAGAGACCUACUCUGGGUCAUUUAAUUUUGAAUACAGUUUUCAAUCGUUCAAGUUUUGGAUGGUUUAUAUCUAAUGCGUGUUUCAUUUUUUUGGAAAGCUAUAUUUUGUAUUUAGGAAAUGGUAUACUAUUUUGCUAUUUGUACUGAGUGAGUACAUUGGCAUAAAUAUAGAAAUUUAUAUAUAUAUAUACAUAUAUAAACUAUUCUUUUUUUGCCACACAUUUUUGUGGUAAAUUUGUGAGUUUGUCUGAUGUUCUACCACAACGUGGCGUCUGAUAACAGUGAGGGGGGGAGGGUUUGUUAUGUCUUUAUUGAGUAUUUAAGUAUCUUUUGAAACAAAUGAUCUGUUCAUCUGUGGCCAUUCCAUCAGGCAGUUCCUUAAUGUUAUUAGUGGGCUAAAGGCAGCUUACUGUGUGUUUGCUGGAUCUUUCACUCAGCAAAAUAUUAGAGUAAGGAAACCCAUCAAGGCACUGUGUCAAAUGGUGUUUCACAAGAAUGAGCCAUUCAGUCUUUGCUCACUAUAUAUUUAAUAUUUUAUUAUUGUUGUUGUUAUUAUUAAUUGGCUUUCUGUAUUCUAUGCCUUUUAUUUAUAAAGACACUAAAAAAAAAACAUGUUUGUAAUUUUAAUAACAUUUUCCCCAUCUUGUAAUUAAUAUACAGAGCUCCUUUAUAAAUUCUCUGAACCAAAAGUAUUUUCCUUAAUAUCUCUCUUCUUCCUCAGCCCCUAUUAGGGAAAAUUACCCAAUGUAAUUCAGGUUAUGAAAAGGAUCAGCUACACAAUCCAGUGCUUCAGUUUUAAAAUGUAAAACUCUAAUCCUAGAGGGUCGACUGUAAUGUCAGAGAAAGCAAACCUGGCAGGUAUAAAAAGAAGUAAAAACUAAAAACUGGAAGUUUAUUUCUAAAUUUUCUGAAUUUUUUAUAAGAAAUUAUAUAGAAGAUUCAAGAAGUGUCUAUUUGCUCACCAAUUCCAAUUAGAAUCUUCAUUAAUACUGCACUGUGGAUGAAGUGGUGGCAAGAAGACUGGCUUGUGUGCUGACUUCUAUUCUGUGAUCUAGCAAGAAGUUUAUCAUUGUAAAAUGCUGAUUGGCAAUGCCAAGUCACUGGGACCAAUUUUCUGUUUUAUAAUAUCUAAGUUUAGAGCAGAACAUAUACCUGAACUGUAGUGGUUUGAUUGUGUGGAGGCAGAAAACCCAAUUUUUAUUCUCAUAAAUUUUGUGGUUAUUUAUACAAGGGCUGUUCUAUGCUAUCAUAUUUUUAUUCAAUAAUGAUAGUUUUUCUUUCUUUUUUUUUUUUUAACAUUGUUAAAUGUUCCUUAUCCCUAAAGGUCAACAAUGUUAAGUACAACAUUCUGAAUAUACAAUUUGGUUACGAAGAGUAUUUGUCUUGUUGAAGAGUUAGCUCAGUGGUUGAUACUUGUGCUAAUAAUGCAGUUUCUCAAAUUACUGUUACAAGUUAUAUUUACAUAUGGGAGAGAAUCAGUGAGCCAGCAAAGGCCUUGGAAACAACAAUUUAUUAAAUUUAUUUAUGGCAGAAGGACCUAAAUAAACUGUGAACCACAUUUUAUUUCUUUAUAAUGUAACAUUCAAAUGUUCUUACUUUUAGCAACUCACAUUAAUGCUUGGAGCUUAUCUGUGUGUGUGUGUGUGUGUGUAUGUGUGUGUGUGUGUGUGGGUGGGUGGGUGUAUGUUUUAUUCCUUAUUGUCAUUCCAUUAUAUAUCCACACCAACAUGAGAGAAGAUAAUCACACAGCAUAUUUUGCUUCUGAGCUUUAGUUACCUUUGUGAUUAGAGUAUCAUCAUGUUGUUAUUUAGCCAAUGCAAAUUUGUUUUAUCUAGUCUCCCUAGAACAGGUUUUUAAAGAGUUCUGUUUAUUAAAGAAGCAGUAUUAAUGAGAGGUUUUUCCUUCCUUCCUUCCAUUCUUCCAUCCUUACAUCCUUCUGAACUUGCUUUUUUUCUUUUUUUGGUAGUGUCAUAUGCCUAUAGUUUGGAAUUUCAUUCUAGUGCAUUUCUUGCCCAUUAAAACCUCAGCUAACCUAUGUAGCAAAAAUAGUGUCAAAGGAAAUGAGGAAGAAGUUAUAUCUGCGUCCCUCCAGAACUAAGAUGGUAGUUCCUUUUGACCAUUUAGGCCAUUAUAACUGUUUUGGAAAAGUGAAAUCUGUUAGAUGCAUCAACAAAUAAGGACCAGAAUAAAAUUAUUUCAUAAUUAAAGUCUCAAAUUCAAUAUGAUUAUAAAUAUUCACUAGGUGUAAUCUGAGAAAUUUUCAUAUUCCUGGUGAGAAUUUCUGUCAUAAUAACUGUUUCCUAAUUGAUUUUUUUUAAUUAACUGAAAAUUAUUUAGGGUCUUUUAGCUUUACUCUGCUCCAUGACAAUAGGCUUUAUCCCUAUCCAAGACAGCCAUCUUAUAUCGCAUGCCUUUGGCUAUGUGGAGGGACUCAAUGAAUGAGAGAGACUGUGGAGUUCAGCAGACACAUUAGACAAAUAACUUAGAGUAUGUACCCUAGUAAGUGGCAUAGUAGAAUCUCAUAACAGUUAUUAAAAAGAGGAUUUUUCCUCUGCCUAUUUGUGUUGCUAGAGCUAAAUUAUGUUGGUAGAGAUAAUGUUCAUAAUGUAGUAAAUAUGAGAAUAUAAUAUCAUUUGUGAAUUCCCCCAGUGCUCUAAUUACUUCUUUAAUCCCUAUUUAUUUUCAUUCCGUUCUAAUCUCAUUUAUUAAUAAAAUUCUAUUUUUACUCCACUUUCUCUUUCAGGAAAAUUUUUAAAUUAGUAUUUUAUAUCUAGAUUAAAUGCUUAUGAAAAAGUGCCUUUUUACCAUGAUAGUGCCCCCUUCUUACGGUUUCAUUUUUCACUAUUGCCAAAAACAUGUAAAUAGUUUUAACAGGUCCCAACUUUCACUUUUUCCAUUUAGACAUCCUUUUCUUCAUUUUUUGGUCACCAUAGAAAACAACUUCAUAAGUCUCUUUGGCUUAAGAAUAAUAAAAAAAAAAAACGCAUUGCUAGAAUUGUUCCUUUGGGAAAGGGUAAGUAAAGGAUUACAGAAUUAUACUGUUUAGGCUUUAUAUGAAUUAACUAUAACUUUUCUUCAUCUCAACCAACUAAUGAUAGGUCUUAUCUGAAUACUAAUGAGAAUUUUACUGACUCCCUGCACACAAAUGCGUGUAGCUAAAUUUUAGGAAGGAAGUGUUUAAAGCAUCUUUUCUGAUAUCAAUUAGAUGAAAAUAAACCAUGAAAACAUAGUUUAAGUAAGGCCUGGUAAUGUCAAUUUUUCUAACUAGACAGGGCAAAGUAGUUCAUUAUAGUGUACUUCUUGCCCAUCAGAAACUCAGUUAAUUUGCCUAGGAAAAAUAGUGUCAAAGGAAAUGAGGAAGAAGUUAUAUAUGUGUCCCUCCAGACCUAAGAUAAUAAUUCCUUUUGACCAGAUACAAUUGUAUUGAGUGUCCUUCCUUUUGGUUAUUUUUGCAUCUAUUACAGCUGAUUACCACAGUGAUGGUGCUUGAAAAAAAGGCCAUCAGUGACAGGUCAGGAGUGUAGUACCUUUGGGAUAGAGCUACCUUCCCCAUGCAAGCAUUUCUAUGACUGUUAGUGGCACUGAAGACUGCAAACCUUUAUGCAAUAUUCUUAAUACCUGAUUGAUAUUAUGCACUUUAAUCAUUCCAAAGAAGCCAAGAAUGCUAUAUAGUGAUGAUUCCUUCUUAAUGAAUACAUCUUAAUUAUUUAGAAUGCUAUGUCCCUUUUUAUUUUGGAUAGCUGAUUUGGUAUAAGUGUUAUGUGGAUAUUUUCUAAAAGGACUGUGUAGUAGGACUUAAGACUUUGAAAUGUAAUUGACUGUAAAGGGAAAUGAUUAUACUUUAGCAUAUCAUUUUAGAAACAUUAAAAUGUUCACCUUGCUAAUCUUUAUAUUUGAGAGUUAAUUAAAACCAGCCUCUUCCUGUAUAUUUUGUGUCAUGUAGAUAAGAACAUUAUAGUAUAUCAUUUUCUACAUAUGUAGUCUGUGUAAGCCAGUGGUUCUCAAAGUAUGGUCCUCAGCCCACCAGCUAUCAUCAGUAUCACCUGGGAACUGGUUAGAAAUGCAAAUUCUUGGGCCCUAUUCCAGACAUACUGAAUUAUAAACUCUGGAGUGGGGCCCAGCAAUCUGUAUUUUAACAAGCCCUUCAGGUGAUUCUGAUGUACACUAAAGUUUGAGAGCCACUAGUGUAAACUAUAUCUAGUGAGAGCUAGAAAGUUUUUUUCCACUCAUACAGAUACAGUUAUGUAUUAUUUUUUUAUGUAAAUUGAGUUUAACCUGGUUAUCUAUAAUCAUUUACUGGCAAUGAUAAAUUAUUCUCAGUACUGCCCAUAGAAAUACAGUAUAUUGUAUGUACACAGUCUAGUUAUUGAUAACUCAGUUAACUUAGUUUGACAUUUUCCUACCACUUUCUAAAAGUUUACAUUAAGUGACUGAUUUAACUAUAUAGGUGCAAUGUUCUAUAUUUCUUUUAAUUGUUAUGACAUUUAAAUAGCUAAUAUAAUUGACGGGUGCUAAUGUCUCCUGUUUAUCCACAAAGUGGGUACAUUGUGGGCAGUGUAAUACAAGCUUUUUUUUUUUUUUUUUUUUUUUUGCCUCUUACUUUACCAGCAGACCACAAUUUUGCUGUGGUUAGACUAACUCUCAGAGCAAAAUGAUCAUUCCUUGUAUUUAUAUUUGUAUCUGGGAUAGUAAACAAGAUGGCUAGCCAGGUCAACAUAGCACCUACCUUAUUUAAUUUCUUAUUACUUUUUAAAAUAAGUAAUACUUUAAUAGUAGCUUGCUUUGCAUAAGAACUAAUGCAGUAGAGAUAUAGCUUGGAGCCUUAUGCUUCAGACAAGAGUUAUUUACUAAAAUAAAUAUUAAACAAGAUGAUGCAUUAUAUAAUUUGGGCAUUUCUUCUCAAUUGUAUACAUCAUGGUAAAUAUAAACUAAUCACAAGGUAAGUAGGUUUAUUCAUUCAUUUUAAUCUCCUUGUGUAAUUCAGUACCUCCAUAAUUGUUCUAAUUUUCUUCCCACUGUUUACAAAUCACCAAUUAGUUAAUUCAUGAAAGAAAAAUUCACAUUUCAGAAUAGAAAUAAAUGUAUACUCGCUUUAUAAAAAUCACCACUGCUGUCUUUCCUUAAUAUUAGCAGUGGAAAUGUAAGUGGCUUACUCUACAACCUUUGGUGCUGGCAAAUACAUAGGCAAACUGUUAGGAGAUGGUCUAGUUACAUUCCUCCUUUCUUAUUCCCUUUUCCCUCUUUUCAACUUUACUGCAGAAUAUAUUCCUGUAUCCAAAGCAUUCUACCACUAUUCUGUUCAACUCCAACUUGUAAUACCUCCUUUAAAAAUUCCGUGUUUAACCAUAUCACCCAUGCUUGCACACGCCCGCUUGCUUGCUCACUCUCUCUAUUCCAGAAGUUAUUUCUCUGGUUUGAAAUAUUUUGUAGGGAUUGUUAUUAUUGUUAUUAUUUUAGCUAAUAAACCUCAGGACAACAUAUACACACACAUACACCACACACACAUGCAAGAUCUCAGAUGUUUGAAAGUGGGUUUGGAAUCAGACUUCUGUGUCCAAUAAAGAACUGUCCUGCACUGAAGUGAUUGUGACUUUAAAAGCUACAGACUGAUUCCCAUGAACUUGAGCUAAUUUCUUUUGAUCUAAUGAAUGUAUCAGCUCACCUUGCUCCCUUACCUCUAACUAAUAAGCUCCAAGAAGUUGCUACUUUUUUGACAACUUUUACUAGUUUCAUUGACUUCUUUUACUUAGUCUUUUAAUAAAUACACUACAAAUAUUUCAUUAACCUGUUCUUAAGUGGUUUAGCUACCAUUCUGCCAUUUUAAAUUUUUAUUUAAUUUGCUUGAGCACACUGAUCAACCACUGAACUGCCUUCUUCCAUUGUCCUGCAAUGACAUAAGGGUUACAUUUUUGUGUAUAUGGCUUUCAUAGUUGGGAUUUCAGAGCACUGAUACCAGAUAUUUACAGUUUGUUCUCUGGGGGAAUUUCAUUUGCAUCUAUGUUUUUAGCUAUCUGUGAUAACUUGUUAAAUAUUAAAAAGAUAUUUUGCUUCUAUUGGAACAUUUGUAUACUCGCAACUAUAUUUCUGUAAACAGCUGCAGUCAAAAAUAAAACAUUGAAAGUUUUCA